AUGAAGAAAGUAGUACCCAAACAAACAAAACGAUUAAGGCAAGAAGCAGUAAGAACAGUGAAAAGAUUUCACACACGAAAUUUCAGGAUCUCUGGUCCUGUCACAAAGGAUGAUUUUCAUGUUUCUGUGCACAAAUUAAGCAUGCCAGACCUCUUAUACCAUGCUGAACGUGGCACUUAUUUGCUUUUACAUGGUCAUCGACAAUCUGGAAAGUCCACUCAUCUUGAACACUUCUAUGAAAUAGCUUCCAAUGGUUGGAGUGCAACAUGUUCUACAUCAUCAGUCAUUCAUCAACAUUGCAAAAAUGGUUUUAUAGUGAUUCCACUUUCCUUUGAAUUUGGAUUAGAUCUUACUACAGUGGAUACUUUUUGGGAUAGUUUGUUUAGGGAGAUUGCACAAAAGAGUCCAAUUUCAAUUGACAUAGAUACUCUUCAGAAACUUUCAGCAGAAGAAAAGAAAGAUCAAAACCCAAAAGCAAAGGAAUCAUUCUUCUCAGGAUUACGAGGAUUGAAAAAUUCAUGCUUAACCAAACAUGUUGAUGAGAACAGAAAUAGGUCGAUGCUGUACUCAUUCAUUGGUGCUGGAACAUUUGACAUAACACUCCUCGAUUCAACAUUAUCACUCAAAACUGAGCAAGAAUCAAGUGAAAUAGAUUAUUAUUCACCACCACUUAACAUCACUGACUCAUUGUGGGUAGGUCACUUUACUGAAAAAGAUGUCAUAAACCUUUUUAAAGAGGCUGCAGAAGAGAAACAGCUGUGCAUGGAAUAUAAAAAAAUUGGACAAGACAUAUAUGAUCAAACAAAUGGACAUCCAGGUUUGACCAGUUUUUGUGGUGACAGGUUGAUUGAUGAGGUAUGUUGGGGGAAAACACAGAUUCGAUUGGCAGACUGGAAGAAAAUUGCAGCUGAAAAUUUGCUUAACAGGGCAUUGGUAUCAAAUGCAUUCCUGAAAGUGAUUGAAAGCUUGAAGGAAAAUAGUCCUAAAGCAGAAAUUGCAAGAACAUUACUAUGGAGAAAAUACUUGUUUGGUGAUGAGCUACAUGAACCCUCACUAGAAGAGAAAAGUGGAUUACAUCAUCUUCUUACAAUUGGUGUUCUUAUCCAAGCAAACAGAUAUGAACUUAAAUUUUCCUCAACUUUAAUUCGACAAUUGAUAUUCAUGCAUUGUGUGAUUCAUCGGUCAUAUGCAUCACAUAGAGUUGUGGAACUUAUCACAGAAAACAAAAAAAUAGACAUAUUCAAACUUAUAGUUCAUGCUGUUUCAAUGUUUCGAAACAAAGUUUUAACAGCAGCAGAAGUACAAACCAAGAAAGGUGUUGCUGAAUACACUUUCCAAUUUGAACUAUUUUCAACAUUACAACACAUUUUGCAAACAGUUUGUCAGCAAUGUACAAAUAAUGGCAUACCAAUUAUUGAUAAAGAAUUUCUUAUCUUCCCAGAGGCAAAAGAGAGGGACAAAAUGGGAAACAAACAUUUGGACAUUCUUAUUCGAAAUGGUUGCAAUAUUCUGAUGGAAUUGAAGGUUGAGGCAACUGAUUAUGAUUCACUUGUUCAAGGAGUCAACCAGGCUGAAGAUUACAUGUUUUGCAUUGAUCCAAGUGAAGCAUACUUGGUUAUUCUUUGUACUGAGCUUCCAAUGCAUUAUAAUUACCAGGCUGGUACUGAGAUUAAGAUUAUUUGGAUUGUGAGCAAGGAUUUUACCACAUAUGAAGUUAUAACUGUUGGACAAAGUGAAAUAAGUUAA